AUGGCGUUGGCAGCACCAAUUACCGCCGCACUGGGCCUGUUAACUCUCGCGAACUACUGCGACGCGAAAUUCCAUCUUCGGCACGACUUCCGAAGUAUAAUCCGUGUUAAUAAACCCAAUGCGCUGCAAUACAUUACAGGAAAGCUCAAUGAGAACAGGUUACUCAUGUACCAUGUUCUCGAAGAUCAGGCCAACAACUCUGCUAUUGCGAAUAACCUCUUUCUCAUUUUCCCCCAUGAUGGGAGGACGUGGACAUAUAAGCAGUUUUUUGAAGAUACGAACCGAGUGGGAAACUGGCUGUUUCAGGAGCUUGGCGUAAAGAAGGGAGAACUUGUCGCUCUGGACGGUCUCAAUAGCCCCGAGUACCUCAUGGCGUGGUUUGCACUUGACUCGAUUGGAGCGGGCCUUUCUGGAGCGAGAUAUUGUCUUGUCGACGAAAACAUCAGACACUUGGUUGAACCGGUUGAGAGGCAAGUAGAGAAGUGCACAAUGAUCUACUAUACUCCAAGCAGUUUCGCUUCGGCCCCCUUCCCAACCACGCCUCCUCCACCAGAACAGCGGAGUGAAAUAUCCCCUGAUAUGAUAAAGACACUAUUGUACACCAGUGGCACGACGGGAUUGCCGAAAGCAGUAAUAAAAACAGUAGCGUCGGAGAUAUAUACAGGCUUUUGGGUCGCGAACCGUCUUGAGCUCAAGCCGGAAAAUCGGUUUUAUACUUGUCUACCGUUGUUUCAUGGUGCGCCACACUCGCUUUGCGUCACCCCCGUGCUCCAUACUGGAUGUACAAUUAUUCUUGGACGCAAAUUUUCCCAUUCCACCUUCUGGAAAGAGGUCGUUGAAAACGAGGCUGAUAUCAUACAAUACGUCGGAGAGCUUUGUCGAUAUCUUCUCAAUGGAAAACCCCACCCUCUUGAACGGAAGCACAAUAUUAGAAUGGCGUGGGGAAAUGGAAUGCGGCAGGAUGUAUGGGAGCCAUUUAGACAACGGUUCAACAUUCCAGUUAUAAAUGAACUUUAUGCGGCAACGGAUGGAAUAGGUAUAAGCGUCAAUCCAAAUGAAGGAGAGUUCAGCCGGCAUGCCAUUGAUAUUCGAGGUCUCAUUUGGAGACUGUUCAAGGGAUCGACGGAAAAGAUUGUGAAAAUUGAUAUCGACACUCAGGAGAUCAUCCGAGAUCCCGCGACUGGAUUUGCGAUUCCUUGUCGGCUGGGAGAAGCUGGUGAGACGAUCCAUUGGCUGAAUAUCGAAGCUCCAAAAUCGCAGUUCUCGGGUUACUACCAGAACAGCGAUGCUACGAACAAACGAUUCAUUCGGAAUGUGUUUAAAAAAGGCGAUAUGUGGUUCCGAUCAAGCGAUAUGAUGCGCCAUGAAGAAUCAGGAUGUGUUUAUUUCGUUGAUCGUCUCGGGGACACUUAUCGCUGGAAAUCGGAAAACAUUUCUACAAGCGAGGUGUCGGAUAUCAUGGGCUCGUUCCCCCAGAUCAAGGAGUGCAACGUUUAUGGCGUGCUUGUGCCCAACGCAGACGGUCGGGCUGGCUGUGCAGCAAUUGUCUAUCCAGAAGGCGUGACAGAGGGCAGUUUCGACUUUAGGGGUUUGGCGGAGCAUGCUAUACAGGCUCUUCCCCGUUAUGCGGUGCCGGUCUUUCUGCGCUUAGUUCAAGAGCUUGUAUACACUGAGACUAUGAAGAUGCAGAAGGGCAAGCUGAGACUGGAAGGGUGUGAUUAUGAGAAGGUCGCAGCGGCCGGAGACAAGCUUUAUUGGCUACCCCCAAAUGGCAGUGUCUACGUUCCUUUUACUCAAGAUCAUCAUGAGAAGUUGAAGAGUGGAGAGAUCAGGUUGUAG